CGCUCAGCCAUCUAUGCUUGUUUGAGGCAAGAUGUUUUACCAUAUCUCGUUGGAGCACGAAAUUUUGCUUCAUCCACGAUAUUUUGGUCCAAACUUGCUGCAAACAGUGAAGCAAAAGCUAUUCACCGAAGUCGAAGGAACUUGUAGUGGAAAGUAUGGGUUUAUUAUAGCUGUCACCACGAUUGAUAACAUUGGUGUGGGCCACAUCCAACCAGGCCGAGGAUUUGUUGUCUAUCCUGUAAAAUACAAGGCUAUAGUUUUUAGGCCUUUCAAGGGAGAGGUAUUGGAUGCAGUUGUUACUCAAGUGAAUAAGGUUGGAUUGUUUACUGAGAUUGGUCCUCUGUCAUGCUUUGUGUCAAGACAUUCUAUCCCAUCCGAUAUGGAAUUUGACCCAAACUCUAAUCCACCAUGCUACAAAACACAAGAUGAGGACAUUGUAAUACAACAAGAUGAUGAAAUACGUCUCAGAAUUGUAGGAACAAGGGUUGAUGCUAAAGAUAUUUUUGCCAUUGGUUCACUUAUGGAUGACUACUUGGGUCUUGUUAGUUAACAGAGCUUUCCUUUUUGAUGGUGCACCUCAUGUAGUUAGAUCCUUUCAGUGGCAGAGGAAACAUUCAUUAAUCAAGAUAUCAGAAAGAGCUGAAAAGCAUGGAGAUGUUUUCUUGGCAAGACAUGUUUGUCCAUUCCACGUCAACGGCAUAUUUUUGUAUCAGGCUGUUUUUCCAGAGUGAUGCAAAUUAUGACUGUUUUCCUAUCUGGUUCAAAAACAUGUUAAAAUAUUUAUCACCCUUUGAUGAAAACAGUUAGACACCAUCACUACAGACCAUGUAGCAGCGACCAAAGAUGUCUGCAUAAACAAAGUUUUAAUCAAAUGGGUAAAUUUAAGAUAGUUGUGGGUUUUCAGAAAGAAGGGAUGAAAAGCACUAUUAUGACAAGGUGUCACACACAAGAUGUUGCACUGUAUCAUUCCAAAGGAAACAUCAUGUUAUAUUACAUGUAUUUCUUAUUAUCAAAACCCCCUGGGAAUUCCCAUAUGAAAAGGUCGGGGGUGCUCAUUGUCUCGCCAAGGGGUAUAAAUCAAGGAUUCUGAUCUCACUUAGGG